AUGUCGCUUGAUGCGUCGGCGGGGUUUUUCAGGGGCCGCGUCGUUGAGCGACGCAUUCAGGCCGAACUCCAAGCAGAGGCUUGGCCCGAGUCCCGGGACCUCGAGAAGGCGCAUUUCAGGGCCAUGCACGCGAUCCAGGCUCAGCUCGAGAGCCUCCGCGACAUGGAGCGCGAUGGCCGCUGCUUCUACGCGGACCGCUUGGUGGGCAUGGAACAGGAGGCCCGCCAUCAUCGCGACCUGACGGAUACGAUUUGCAGACUCCUCCGCGCCGAAUUGGACAUGAGCCGCGAGGAGCCGUUAGUCGUCCCCACGACCGACGAACUCCCGGAAAUGCUUGACAUAGACAUCAAGCUCGAGAACCAGGUGCGAAUCAUGAUGUCGCUGAGGCAGCUCUGGGGCGGCAGCUCAGAUUUCGAGAAGCAGAGGAUCGACGACCUUCUGAGAACCCGAGCCAGUGUGGCUCAGAAGAUGGGUGUCGGACUGACCGCGCACUUUGCAAAGGAGAUCCGGGCACGCAAGCUGCGGGAGUUGAAGAUCAUGGAAAUCCAGGCUCAGGGACUCCGGCUCGAGGUCGAGGAUCUGGAGCGACUCAUGGGUGCCUCCCAGUUGCAGCGCCGGGAGCACCGGGACAAGGUCAUGUGGGCUUUGAAAAGGAGAGAGCAGAAUCACCUGUUUUCGAUCCAUCGAGUCGUUCACGCGCGAAUGCUCGCGGGAGGCACCGUGUGA